CGAGAGUGUCACCAACUGCGCGUGGUAUAUCGUUUCGGGAAAAACAACGCGCGGUAGGCAACACGAUAAAGUUAUUUUCCAACGUGAUAUAAGAUAGUUCGGUCCGCUGGGGGUAAGAUAAGCCGCAGAAGACGGAUUCGAAACCUAUCGGUAUUAGGGACGACGUUCCAAAGUUCGAGCAAAGUAGACGAUGUGUUAUCGAGAAGGGGAGGCAUGAGAAAAAAGAAGAAAAAGAAUCGAGAAACGUCGUGAUAACAACGCCUGAUUUACGUGCAGCGUUCGAGUAGGGGAGGGAGAGCCGGCUAUAAGAAGAUAAAUCAUCGACGGGGACAAGACAGUUUACGGUUGGAUCGGCCCGAUCACCCCAGUGCCAGCUGGAUCCUCGCGAACAAUCGACUGACGUAGCAUUCCCACGAGGAUAACAAUGUCGGCCAGAAUUAGCAGCGUUCUCAUCAGCGACCCUGUGGACGCCUCGUGCGGCGAUCUGCUCGCCAGUCAUGGUGUCCCAGUCACGAAUAAGAGUAAACUGUCCAAGGAAGAGCUGAUCAAAGAGCUUCAGAACCACGACGCCUUGAUCGUUCGAUCCGAGACAAAGGUGACCAGCGAGGUGUUCGAAAGUUGCCCUAACCUUCGCGUGGUUGGACGAGCCGGAACAGGAGUGGACAACAUUGAUCUUCGAGCGGCGACGAAGAAGGGAGUUAUAGUUUUGAAUACCCCAGGUGGGAACAGUAUCAGCGCCUGCGAGCUAACAUGCGCGUUGAUCUCGUCAUUGGCAAGAAACGUGGCCCAAGCGGCUGGUGCCUUGAAGGAGGGACGAUGGGACAGAAAAUUGUACUCAGGCUUCGAGCUGUCUGGUAAAACGCUAGCGGUUCUGGGCAUGGGCAGAAUUGGUCGCGAGGUGGCACGAAGGAUGCAAGCGUUUGGAAUGCGAGUUAUUGCGUUCGACCCAAUAUUGACGGCCGAGGACGCGACGAAUCUUGCUGUGGAGAAGCUUACAUUGGACGAAAUCUGGCCUCAGGCGGACUACAUCACCGUGCACACACCUCUGAUUCCUCAGACGAGAAACCUAAUCAGCGCGACCACUUUGGCAAAAUGUAAGAAAGGUGUGCGUGUCGUGAACGUGGCUCGAGGUGGUAUCGUGGACGAGGAAGCGUUGUUGAAGUCCCUGGAGUCUGGCCACUGUGGUGGCGCAGCUCUGGAUGUAUUUGUCGAAGAACCACCGAAGAAUCCGGUCACCUUGAAGCUGAUAGCGCAUCCUAAAGUCGUUGCAACUCCUCAUCUAGGAGCCAGCACCGCCGAGGCUCAGGAACGAGUGGCGGUGGAGAUAGCCCAACAGUUUCUAGCGUUGGCAGGCAAGUCGACCGAAUACGCGGUCACAGGGAUCAUGAACGCCCCGAUGCUGACCGACGCAAUGAACGAGGAGAACACACCGUGGAUCAAGCUUGCGAAGAAGCUUGGACAACUGGCCGUCCGGCUGUCGAAGGGCAAAACGAACUUCGUUGUGAAAAGCGAGACGAUCGGAAGCGGGAUGAGGGAUAAGGCGUUCAUUCACGCUGCUGUGCUCGUUGGUAUCCUGUCUGCGCAGACAAAGGACAGCCUGAACCUGAUCAACGCCCCCUCGCUGGCCCAAGAGAUAGGCGUCGAUCUGCAGGACAGCCAUCAGGAGGCUGAGACCAAGGCUGUCUUGAUUCAAGUCGAGGGACAUAAAAUCACUGGAACGAUUCGUGGCAACGAACUUCUACUUCUUUCACUGGACGACGCGGUGUUCGCUAAUGGGAUCGUUUUGGGUGAUCACGUGUCUCUGUACAAAGUGAACGAUGUCAAAGACUUGGCCGUGAUCGUGAACGCUUACUCGAUGGAGGGGAUCAAUAUCCAUAGCCUGAACGCCAACGGCAGCUGGAUAAUAAUCCAGACCGAGCGGGAAGCCUCUGUGAGCGUUCAGGGCAUCAAGAACUUUUAAGGCCUGGGUACUUGGGGCGCCUAGAACUCUGAACCAUCUCUGUUACUUUUGACACGAUUCGGGAUACCUAUGGUGACAACAAAUUAUAUGCAAUCAAGCAUAAAAAUAUUUGUUCGGGAAGUAGAUAUAGGAAUUUCUCAUUACCCGUGUCGGUGUUAUUUGACCCAAAAGUGCAGGUGUUCUUAGGGUACAGUUGUUCUAGAUUCGAUCUGCGUAUUGCCUUCUUCCAUUCCCACCUCUCUUCCGUUUGCAUGUACAUGUUUGAAAGAAA